UCCACCAGUACGAUGUCAUUAUUGAUGACGUUGACAAGAGCACCGUUGUGUCGUUCUUCCCUCCGUCCUUCCUCUUGCCCCCAUUGCUCCCCGCAUCGCCCCCCAUUGCCAUGGUGGCUCAAGCGUGCUUUCCUGUCCCUGCCGUUGGCAGGUUUACGUAAUACCUACGAAGUCAUUUCGAGUAUCUUAAGUUCCGCACGAUGGCGCGCACCCUGGCCGUGCUUGCGGCGCUGCUCGCCCUGCACGGCGCCUACGCGCUGCAGUUGGACGUGCAGGGCGGUGAGCUGAAGACGCAGGCUGCAGGCAACGCGGCUUCCAGUGCAGCAGGCAGCGAGGCCAGGGUGGGCGGAAUGCUCAUGGCGGACUCCUCUGGGGAGACGUCUUCCUCGGAGGGCCCCAUCGGCGGCUGGGUCACACUGCCGAUCGUCCUCGCCUUCGGCGUGCUGGCCUUCGCCGUGGGCGGCUUUGUUGGACCCAUGGUGCCCGCCAAGAUGCUGCCGUACCUGGUGUGCGUGAUCUACAUCUGCUUCUCCGUGGCCAUCGACAUUUCCAUCGCGGUGCAGAAGAGAGGCGGGAACGCGCACGGAGACAGCGGCGGGUAUGCAUUCAACCCCGUGUGCGCAGUGCUCUUGACGGAGGCGGUGAAGUUCUGGAUCUCCAUGUUCAUCUACCUCAUUGCGGUGAAGUCCGAUGGUAAAGCAUUGAUCCCUGCUGAGCUGAGUUUCUCGGACGCCAAGUGGCUGGCCAUGCCUGCAGCCAUCUUCACCGCGAACAACAUUCUCGUGUUCGUGGCCAUCGGCAAAAACGACAUGUCUGCGUUCGGCGUGUUCCGCGACACCAUGAUCCUCUGGACCGCUGCCAUGUGGAGGUGUGUGUUCAAUAUUGAGCUUGGCUGGACUAGGCUGGGCGGCAUCUUCAUCGUUUUCCUUGGGCUUGUCGUCAACAAGUUGUUCUCUGCGAAGUCAUCGGGCGAGUUCUCGUGGAUGUUCAUGUGGGUGCUGCUCAUGACACUGUGCAACGCGGCCGGCUCCGUCGCCAACGAGUUCGCGUUGAAGCAUAACAAAGCUCUGGACAUCAACGUGCAGAACAUGGUUCUCUAUAGUCUCUGCGUGGCCUGCUCGCUCGUCUUCCUUGCCGCCACCGACCCAAGCAGGCUCGCAGGCACCUUCUUUGCCGGCUUCGACAGCCACACGUGGCUCACGAUCGGCUUGCAGUCUUUGGUGGGCCUGCUGGUGUCUCGCCUGCUCAAGCACACGGACUCGGUCAUGAAGACCAUCGCCACUUGUUUGCGCGGCCCGGUCGUCGUCAUGAUCUCGCCCAUCUUCACGCACAUCGGCAGUUCCGUGGCCUCCUGCCUGUCCGCGGUCAUCGUUGCCAGCGGCUGCUUCACCUACCUGACACAGGGCCCGUUGUCUACCGCGCCAGCCAAGAAGUGAGCAGUUUGUGCAUCUCAUUCGACGGCCACCACUCGUUCUUCCGUCUCAUGCUGAGGCGCAGCCCUGUUGUGGUAGAUUGCUCUACUCAGGGAUGGGCCUCCAGUAUUGCCGCGUAAACACGAUCGUGGAUCUUCUUCGCUUCUAUUGAUCCUUGCCCUCCUCAUCCUCUUCCCACGGGAGUUGUGGCUCAAGCUUGCUGCCCUGCCGUCGGCAGCCUUGUUACAUCAGAAACCCGUU